UUUUAAUUUCUUAAUACCUAAUUAUUCUCUCUAGCGCCGUGCGUGCGACUGCUUCUUUCUAUCGCCGCGCUGCCCCUUCGCAGUUCUUAGGUUCGUUAAUUACUUUGCUUUACUACUACUCAGGGACGGACACACCACACCAGUUCAUAAUAGAAGAACAGGACGCGUAUUUCUCUUCCUCUUCACCGCCACUCAUCUUCACAUCUUCGUCCUCCAUAAUCGCCGGCGCCGUCCACGUCCACCUUCCCUGACCCCAUAGCCACCAUCGUCGUCCUCCAUAACAACAGUCAACAAAAGAAAAUAAGAGAUUCCAUGGAAAACGGAGAUAUACCUCAGGAUGCCAACGAACGUAUGUGUUGGAAUUUUGCUUUGCUACUGUAUAAUAAUAAUAAUAAUAAUAAUUCCAAUGAAUAAUAUGAUUUUUGUGUUUGUUGUAUUUACAGAUUGCCCAGGUCCAGAGUCUGAUUCUGCUGGAAAAUCUGAUGCAUGUGAAGGAUGCCCAAAUCAGCAAAUUUGUGCCACUGCUCCUAAAGGACCUGACCCUGAUAUGGUUGCCAUUGCAGAAAGAAUGGCUACUGUGAAACAUAAGAUAUUGGUCUUGUCCGGAAAGGGAGGUGUUGGCAAGAGCACAUUUUCUGCCCAGCUGGCAUUUGCUUUAGCUGCAAGGGAUUUUCAAGUUGGUCUUCUUGACAUUGAUAUUUGUGGUCCAAGCAUCCCAAAGAUGCUUGGCCUAGAAGGUCAAGAGAUACACCAGAGCAACCUUGGGUGGUCUCCUGUCUAUGUGGAAUCUAAUCUUGGGGUCAUGUCAAUUGGGUUCAUGCUUCCUAAUCCAGAUGAAGCUGUUAUAUGGAGAGGUCCUCGCAAAAAUGGGCUUAUCAAGCAGUUUUUAAAAGACGUUUAUUGGGGUGAACUUGAUUUUCUGAUUGUUGAUGCUCCACCUGGAACGUCAGAUGAACACAUUUCAAUUGUUCAAUGCCUAGAUGCCGCUAAUGUAGAUGGUGCUAUCAUAGUUACUACUCCUCAACAAGUCUCUCUUAUUGAUGUGAAAAAAGAAGUGAAUUUUUGCAAGAAAGUUGGAGUGAAAGUUCUUGGGGUUGUAGAGAAUAUGAGUGGUCUGUCCCAGCCCAUCUCAAAUUUAAAGUUUAUGAAGAUUACGGAUGAUGGUGAGAUGAAAGAUGUUACAGAGUGGAUAUCGGAAUAUAUGAGAGAAAAAGCGCCUGAAAUGCUGAAUUUAAUUGCCUGCAGUGAAGUAUUUGAUAGUAGUGGUGGUGGAGCGAUUAAAAUGUGCAAUGAGAUGGAUGUACCCUUUCUUGGUAAGGUUCCUUUAGAUCCACAGCUUUGUAAGGCAGCUGAAGAAGGUAGGUCUUGCUUUACGGAUAAAGAUUGUGUUGUCAGCGCUCCAGCAUUACAAAAGAUAAUAGACAAGUUGAUGGAAACUAGCGGGUUGUCACUGACGGUAAGUAAUGGAGUGUAGGAGAUUUACUUGAUGUUCAACUUUGUAAAUUUAAACCUAAUUGACAGAAAAUUUGUUUUUCUGUCUUAAGCCAUGCAAAAUUACUUUAUAUGGGGGUUUAGGCAAUUUGGGUGCACAAGUAUUGUUUUCUAGACAGCUAUUGUUACAAUUAGUUGACAUGCAUAUUUAUGCCGAGUAUUCUCCAUUUUGUUUUUGACACUAGGUUUUAUUAUUAUAUGAAAUGUUUAUUUCGACUCUA